AUGGGAACCAUUAUUUCAAGGAAGAAAAGAAACGCUGUUAUAAACAGCCAAUCAGAAGCUGCCAUUCCAGACAGGUCAGCUGAGGAGGAAGGCACACCCUAUAUGGGUAACCAAGCCACUAACCAGGAACCAACUGCCACUCCAGGCAAAUCAUCUGAUGGGGAGGACACACCCCACAUGGCUAACCAAGCCACCAAUCAGGGACUAACUGUAUGCAUUUCCCAUGACAACAUGAAUGAGUCCGAUACCGAAGAAGAUUCUGAAGCGAGAGAUGAAAGUGAUUCGGAAAAGUCUCACGAUGAAAGCAAUGAUGAUAAAAACCAGUCUGCGCAUGACUCAGUGAGAGAGCUUUCUGUCAGCUCCAAAUCAAGCGAAAGUGUCUCGACAGAGGCAAGUGCAUCUGAGAGGAGUAAAACAAGAUCGGCGUUGGAUGGGGUGUCAUCAAAUGAGGACUUCGCAAAGGCUUGGAAGGAAGCUUUAUUGGAAGAUCUCGAUAUAAACGUCUCAGACAAUGUCAAAAUUGUCAGGAUAUUUACAAGUUCGACAUUCACAGGUAAUAGGAGAGAAUUAUUGCAACGUAAUCUCAUGAAUGACCCCCCGCCGCGCCGGAAGGGGCUUUUUAGGGCUUUCAUCCAUUUUAGAGGGGGAAGCCUAUGAUUAUUUGUCUCUUCGGUACGUAACAACCAUAAGGUAAAGUAUUUCCCCUUAAGAACAAUAAGAAAACUACAAAGCUAACCAAAAAAACAAACUGAGGGACAAGGCGAACAGUGGUUUAUGUAUAUGACCAUAAAACGCACAUAAUAAAUUUACCCGAAUAGUGUUGACUAGGAACCCUAUGACCUAAACGAAUUGAGAGUAUAAGAAGACUGUGUUAUCAGUUGUUAAUUUGUGUGGUAAGCGUUGGUAAAUGACUGGGAGAGAUUAGAAAUUGGGCGUGGAACUUCACAGCAGGCCUUUUUCUUAGUUAUCUAAGGCGUCAGGGGCCAUUUAUGCAAGAGGAAGUAGGAGUCAACUAAACGAAUUGACAGAUCUGGAGUAAAAAAAGUGUGGGCGGAAAAAAGGCUGCCGGAACGGGGGCGUCACUUGCAAAAAGAAAGCUGCGCCUUAGUCAGAUGUUGCGCGUGCUCGUAAUUACCUUUUCUUGUGCAUCGUUUCCCGCAAUACUGCAAAGUAAGGAGCUUUGAAAAUAUUGAGCAUCAAGUUUUCUCGAUUGUGAUGGAUUAGUUAAUGAUAUUUUUUUGUCAUUCGUAGAUACCUUUGUGGAACGUAAUGCCCUUAUGGUGCGCGUCUACCCUCGACUUAAAUCCUUCUGUCAAGAGAGAGGCUAUGACUUCCAAGUGGUGGACAUGAGAUGGGGGGUCCGGGACGAGUCCACCGAUGAUCACAUGACCACUGAUCUCUGCAUGAGAGAGCUGCGCGCAUGCCAGAAGCUAUCAACAGGACCAAACUUCAUCGUGAGUACAAAACUCAGUUUUUGUUAAGCUUCCGUUGGAUUGUUCAUAUUUCUAGCUUCUUGCUUUCAUCCUCCCUUGAUGCACUUUCCCAGUUAAAGAAAAGGGGCUACCAUUCAAAAUAAAGGAGAUGAAUAAAACAGCUUUAAAGUACCUUUUUUAAAAAAGUAUCGAGCCUCGCUUGGUAGCCUGAUCACAUUAUAAAACGUAUAGAGCUUCACCCAAAAGUUGUAUCUGAGCUCUCAAAGACAGACCCGCUAAGCACCAGCCUAAGCUUUUCCCCUUUAAGUAGACUUCCGCCAUUUACAGAACGAAAUGCAGGCAAACAAGUGAAAAUCGUUCCCAACGGCUAUCCUCUCUUGCUAGCUACUUAUAUCUGCCUAAGCGAGGGAUUCACGCUAUGAGGGUGUACGCCAUGAGCAAUGUUGAAAUUUCAUCGUAGAAUGAAAGUUCCCCUAGCUUGAUCAGCUUUUGUGAACCCUCUAGAGAUAAUGGUUGUGUACUGCUUAUAUUACAGACAUUCCUUGGACAAAAGUACGGCUAUCGCCCCUUUCCCCCCCCCCCCUCCCCCCGCGCCGGAAGGGGCUUUUUAGGGCUUUCAUCCAUUUUAGAGGGGGAAGCCUAUGAUUAUUUGUCUCUUCGGUACGUAACAACCAUAAUGUAAAGUAUUUCCCCUUAAGAACAAUAAGAAAACUACAAAGCUAACCAAAAAAAUACAACCGAGGGACAAAGCGAACAGUGGUUUAUGUAUAUGACCAUAAAACGCACAUAAUAACUUUGCCCGAAUAGUGUUGACUAGGAAGCCUAUGACCUAAACGAAUUGACAGUAUAAGAAGACUGUGUUAUCAGUUGUUAAUUUGUGUGGCAAGCGUUGGUAAAUAACUGGGAGAGAUUAGAAAUUGGGCGUGGAACUUCACAGCAGACCUUUUUCUUAGUUAUCUAAGGUGUCAGGGGCCAUUUAUGCAAGAGGAAGUAGGAGUCAACUAAACGAAGUGAAAGAUCUGGAGUAAAAAAAGUGUGGGCGGAAAAAAGGCUGUCCGGAACGGGGGCGUCAGUUGCAAAAAGAAAGCUGCGCCUUAGUCAGAUGUUGCGCGUGCUCGUAAUUACCUUUUCUUGUGCAUCGUUUCCCUCAAUACUGCAAAGUAAGGAGCUUUAAAAAUGUUGAGCAUCAAGCUUUCUCUUUGUGAUGGAUUAGUUAAUGAUAUUUUUUUGUCAUUCGUAGAUACCUUUGUGGAACGUAAUGCCCUUAUGGUGCGCGUCUACCCUCGACUCAAAUCCUUCUGUCAAGAGAGAGGCUAUGACUUCCAAGUGGUGGACAUGAGAUGGGGGGUCCGGGACGAGUCCACCGAUGAUCACAUGACCACUUAUCUCUGCAUGAGAGAGCUGCGUGCAUGUCAGAAGCUAUCAACAGGACCAAACUUCAUCGUUAGAACAAAACUCAGUUUUUGUUAAGCUUCCGUCAGAAUGUUCAUAUUUCUAGCUUCCUGCUUUCAUCCUCCCUUGAUUCACUUUCCCAGUUAAAGAAAAGGGGCUGCCAUUCAAAAUAAAGGAGAUAAUAAAACAGCUUUAAAGUACCUUUUUUAAAAAAGGAUCGAGCCUCGCUUGGUAGCCUGAUCACAUCAUAAAACGUAUAAAGCUUCACCCAAAAGUUGUAUCUGAGCUCUCAAAGACAGACCCUCUAAGCACCAGCCUAAGCUUUUCCCCUUUAAAUAGACUUCCGCCAUUUACAGAACGAAAUGCAGGCAAACAAGUGAAAAUCGUUCCCAACGGCUAUCCUCUCUUGCUAGCUACUUAUGUCUGCCUAAGCGAGGGAUUCACACUAUGAGGGUGUACGCCUUGAGCAAUGUUGAAAGUUCAUCGUAGAAUGAAAGUUCCCCUAGCUUGAUCAGCUUUUGUGAACCCUCUAGAGAUAAUGGUUGUGUACUGCUUAUAUUACAGACAUUCCUUGGACAAAAGUACGGCUAUCGCCCCUUUCCGGCUAAGGUUAAGUCAUCUGAGUUCGAGACGCUCCUUGCGGCAGUUGAGAAAGAAGACGAUCUUCAGCUCUUGAAGCACUGGUUCUGGCGAGAUGACAACGCAGUUCCUGCUCAAUAUUUGCUUCAGCCAAUUACGUCAUUGCUCCCCGAUUAUCGCAAUUACGAAAACAAGGAGUUACGUAAGAAGGCGUCCUCUGAUUGGUGGGCUGCGUUUGAAAGAAUGCAAGUUGUUUUGAGGAUUGCCGCUGACAAGGUGCUAGACGAUAAAGAGCGACAUAAGUAUCAUAUGUCAGGUAAGCUGUCCACCUCGGCGAAGAACAAUCUAGUAAUUUGACAGGUUUGGCUGCCUAUCAUGUUUUUGGUAGUUUCAUUUAGUGAGGGAUCACCUGUCUUGAUGAAACUAACACUUACAACAAAAGGACGUUUUUGAACUAAUUUUGAAAUUCUUGGAUGAUACAUAAUUGAUUGCCUAACAUCUUUUGAGGGAAAUCAUGUUUUUAAAAGCCUCGGUCUUUCCUGACUAAGAACAAGAGAGGAUGAUUUCUAAAAUGAAACCGUUUUUUUAGUCUUGCCGGUUUGAUUUAGUGAUAAUGUCGGCAUUCACAUUCUUUUGUUGUCAUUUCGAUUGUUCGUUUAGUGACGGAAGACGAAAUUCGCCGUGGCAUCAUUACAGUAUCGACUCCGGAAAAGCACUGUUUUUGGUUUAAAAGGGUGAUUACAGAUCUCAUCCAAAAUGCUGACGAUCGCAACGCUGCCAAGUUCGUGGACAAGACGUACGGAGCAGAGCAUUCAGUUAUCGAUGAGUCUGCACGGGGCCUGUUAGCACGUUUGAGAGAAAGUGAGCUACUAACUGCUCUCGCAGAAAAAAACGUGCUUGAAUACAAAGUCAAGUGGACAAGUGAAGGAAUAAGUCCAGAUACAUCUGAUGAGCAUGCUAAGUAUCUUGACAAGCUUUGUACAGACGUCUACAAUGUUUUGAGCAGUAUGAUUCAAGAGGCCAUUUCAGAGAAAGAAACCAAUGAAGAGAAAAAUCCAGUAACUGAAGAAGUAUUACAACAUGCGUUAUUCUGCCAAAGAAAAGGCUUAGCUUGUCAAGGACGAGACAGUUUUCUCUCUUUAGUAAAGAGAUCCUUGCUUGACAAUGACAGUAAGCGUGUGAGUGUACUCCAUGGAGAAUCCGGCUGCGGUAAGACAUCCAUUAUGGCCAAGAUAGCUGUAGAUAUCAGGAAAUGGCUGGAACCAGAGUCAGCUAUUGUGGUGCUGAGAUUCAUUGGCACAUCUCCCGAAUCAUCCAACAUCAGAAUGCUGUUGAGGAGUGUUUGCCAGCAGCUGUAUAUGAUCACCGGAAAUGAGAUCACGGAAAUUCCAGAGGCAAGUUGGUACAUAAAAAUAAUUGAUUUAUGAAUCUAUGAAUUACAUAAUGUCAGAUGGAUUGUUGGAGUACCUUGCUAUUGUGGAUUACGGCCUCUUAGAGCAAUUAUCCGCAGUUUGGCAGAUAAUCAUCUGAUAUCAAACUUGUCUUUUGUUCCUUUGCUAUAUCAGAAACUAAUGUAUCGAAAUCCUUGUAGGAUCCACUGGAGCUGUAUGAGUUUUUUCCAAAGUGCUUAGAUGAAGCCUGCAAUUCUCGUCCCGUGGUGGUGAUGCUUGAUUCUUUAGACCAACUCCCUGCUGGUGAAGGAGGAAGGCGCUUAGAUUGGUUGCCGAAGAAACUACCUGACAAUUGCUACUUUGUUUUGUCGACUCUACCCGGCUCCGACUACGAGUGUCUACCCUUGUUGAAGGUAAUAAAUAACUCUAAUUAGAUAGCAAAGACGAACUAACACAAACCAGUCCUUGAUUCCGGUUAAGAUAAAAACACCUUUUUUCCAAUCCGGAAAAAGCAUUUGUGCGAGCAAAUUUAUGUUCUUUCUAUUUGUUCCCGACUGGCAUAAUUUAGGCUCCUUUCUUUUCUUAACGAUGUGGUCGUACGUUAUCAGGAAACUUGUUAUAAAGCCGCUAAAUGGGCACAACAGAACCAGAUAAAUGCUAAUAAAAAUGUCCCCUUACUUUGUCUUUACAACAGGAACUCUAUCUUGACUCGUCCUUUCUGGAAGUGCCAACGAUUCCAGCAAAUGAGGCUGACAUAAUUUUAGAGAGCUGGUUAUCGUCUUCGCAGCGCUCACUAACAACUGAUCAGAAACAGAUGGUUUUAAAUGCCUUUGAAAAGUGCCCGCUUCCUCUGUUUUUGAAGCUGUCUUUUGACGAAGCUUGUCGCUGGAAGUCGUAUACCUCAACAAGUGAAACAAAAUUAGCACCCAGCGUAAAAGACAUCAUUAAUGAUUUUCUGGAUCAAGUCGAGCGUAGGCAUGGGAAGAUUUUGGUCAACCAAGCGCUGGCUUAUGUUACUGCAUCCAAAAAUGGCCUGACCGAACCUGAACUAGAGGAUAUCCUCUCCCUGGACGAUGAGGUCCUUAAUGAUGUAUAUCAGUACUGGACACCCCCAGUUCGAAGACUACCACCGCUUCUUUGGAUUCGUGUCCGAUCCGACCUUGGGGAUUACCUCAUUGAACGGGGAGCAGAUGACGCUCGUCUGAUCUACUGGUACCAUCGGCAGUUCAUCGAAGUAGCAAUCAACCGAUACUUAAAGGCAAGAAAAGAAGUUCAUACCAAGCUUGCUGAUUUCUUUACUGGAAUGUGGUCCGAUGGUGCAGCAAAACCUUUUGCUGACAAGAACGGAGAAACAGUGCUAAAAGAUCGGUUAGUGGCCAGACAACCCUUAAUGUUUCACAACGAGAAAGAAAACAAGGCAGUUUAUAACUUGCGAAAGCUCAGUGAGCUUCCAUUUCAUCUGUUGCACGCAGGCAAUCUGAAGAGACUCAAAGAAGAGACACUCUGCAAUUUUGAAUUCCUCUUGGCCAAGCUACGAGCAACAUCCUUGGAAACUGUUCUUGAUGACUUUACAGCAUCUUUGGUGUUAUAUCCAGAAGAUGAAGAUCUCGUCACAUUGGAGAAAACCCUACAGUUGUCAUCCUUCGCUUUGAAAGGAGACGCCAAUCAACUAGCUCCACAACUUCUUGGAAGGUUAACGGUGGGCUUUGAUUUAGUAAAAUUCAGCGGCAUCCACAUCCUGCUUCAACAGGCUUAUUCCUCCUCAGUGCCCUGUCUCAUACCGAACGACAAAUGCUUGACAUCACCUGGAGGAUCCUUGAUUUCGUCAAUAAAGAUACCUGGCGAGCCCACCACUCAGUGCUGUGGUUUCAGUUGCGAUGGAGAAACGGCGUUCAUCGCCUCCUCGUUCUCAGAGUCUCUUCAGUUGUUGAUUAUCAACUUGUUGAACGGCAAAACUCUGCAAAGAGUAACUAUACCAGAGUCCCAAGGUGGUGGCUUGGUGUGGAGUAUCCAGGGAAGCCAAAUUACGCCAGACCUUCUCCUUUUAGCAGGCUCCGCUGACAUACUUCUAAUGAAAGCAUCCAAAGGUCAAAUAGUGCAGAAAUUCGCCGCCCUUGAUGAAGAAAGCCAAUACUCUCCGAUGCCACCAGUUGCCUUCGCAGACAAUGAAACGCGGAUUGUCGCUAUAACAGAUAAGAACCUUAAGAUAUGGACAGUUAAAGAUGGCCGCCUUCUACACCAAAUUGACAUAGGCAAAAUAUCAACCGAUGAGCAGUAUGGUUCCUUGGGAACAUCAGGAUACUUAGCAGCAUUCUGUGUCCAUGUGUCAGGGAGCUUCAAGGUCCUCGACUGCAGAACGGGCAAGAUGCUUAGAGAAGUCAGCGUAUUCAGUGAAGCUGAUGAAUGUUUCAUUGCCGAGGUCAAAGUUACCUCAAAGGACCAAGUUGUUGUGACUUCUUCAGAGAAAAAUAAUCUUCGUUUGUACGAUCUUCAUUCUGGAGAUUUAAUCAGAGAGGUGCCGCAGUUUAGAAUUAACUCUGGCCUUCUUCGUCUUCAAAUCACAAAAGACGGAGCAAAAGCAGUGGGUAUUCAUGAUUACGAGAUUCUGAUUACAAACCUUGAGGAUGGAACAGUUAAUAAAACCUUGAAGAGUGAGUCGUUCGGGACACUGAUAAUUCAUCAAAAUUUCUACACCAGAGAUGGAAAAUAUGGUAUUUCAAUUGCUCAUGAUGAAGUAAUUCGCAUCUAUGACCUAGAACAAGCUGUUAAGGAGAACAAAAAGGCCGUUCAAAAAGGAUCUAAGAAUCAUAAGGCGGUGUCUUCAGUUGAUUCAAUUACAUAUCUCACACGUGAUGACUGUACUGACAGAUAUGUUAUUGCCAUUGCGACGGUCAAUGGCACCAACGAAAUUCUCAUUUGGGACACUUUCAAAGGUGCAAAAGCGAGGGCACUCAAGAUGACCCAAGAUUUGCCACCCAGCACAAUUCGAAUGGGCGCAACAACCCGUGCGGUUGGUUAUAUCCACGACAAAGAUUUCCUUCACUUCCAAGUAUUUGACCUGCACGCCGGGAAAAUUGAACGACGGUUGCAGGGUAAAGCACCCAAAAGGACUGAAGCUUUUGGGUUCACUGACGACAGCCACAUCAUCACAUUUUCCCGCGGGAGACGCAACCUUAAAGUAUGGAAUAUCAAUGAUGGUAAGCUAGUCAGCCAAUACAAGUUUGGACAGAAGUUUCGAUUUGAAGACAUGCUUGUCAGCAGGAAUGGUAACGCAGUUGUCUGCAGUCAAGUGGGUCAGACAGUUGAACAUGAUGAAAGCAGUGUGCCGCUGGCUUUCUUGAACCCGCAGAAUGGAGAGCAGAAGUUCUUAGAAGAGAAGGGAACCCAAUUGUUGCUCUGGAAUGGAUGCGUUUCGGACGACGGACGCUACCUCGUUUGCUUGACCAAGGAAUACAGUGCACAGCUUUGGGACUUGACGAAUGGGCGAAUGAUGUAUAGGCUCAGUGUUGAUGAAGAAAACACCCAUGUCAUUGCCACGGCAAUAUCAACGCUCAGCAAUGUAAUUCUUACCGGCGAGAGCGAUGGAGGUAUCAACGUUUGGGACAUUACCAGUGGCCAUGUUCAGUACACUUUCUUUUGCGAUGACGUCGAUUCCUUAUUCAUUACAAAAGACGGACGAGUGGCAUUCUCUAACUAUCGUUCUAACAAUCGCAACAUUGAUGCUUGGGACUUAAGCAAUGGUUCAAAGUUAGCUUCCUUCACCUCAGACUGGAAACCUGAACGAAUUGUGAUCUGCGGCAACCGCCUCGUAGUUGCGAAAGCGGACAAGCCAGAGCUUAUGUCGCUACGUCCUCACAUUCCCGGAUAUACAGAAGAUGUCGCAAAUGAGGAUGGUCAUUUCAUGGAUUGUCCCUUGGAAAGUCAGAUGCAGCCCCUAUUGGAGAUUGCAAGUGGUGAAGAUGAAGAUGAAGAUGAAGAUGACGAUUUUGAUCAAACUGACAUUCAGAAAACAGAGCUAACUAAGAAGGCAGUGUAUGCAAGCCCGAAUGUUAUAAUCGGAGGGGGUAGUUCAGUAUUUGCGUCGAAGAAUAUUUUCAUUUCUGGUAACGUCACAAUUAAUGGUAUUCCAAUACAAGAUUUGUAG